AUGUGUUCAAGUUUUUUUCUGGCACCUUCACCCAAUUCGGCGAUUGCAAUAUGUACCAGGGCCUGGCUGCACUGCAGCCUUGUAAAUGAGGCCGAGGCGGAGUUGGUUACAGACCAUCGAAAGUGUCGACGCCAAUUUGAGUGCUGCCUCUGGCAGAGAAAUGGGCUGGUGUGGCAAUUGGCCCACCCUUUUACCCUACACACCUUUCGCCUUAACAACAGGUCAGAGACGUUGAAAGGUCGUUUGUUGACAAGCCUAAUUGUGCCCAAACGAACACUCACCAUCGGCUGGGUAAAUAGCAGUGACUCACGGAGUGACCACAGUGGAAAACUGCGCAUGCAAUGCAAAAAUAAUGAAUACCAUGCGAUGCUUAAAGUCGGGAGGUCGGUUUAA